AUGGCAGGAUUCCUUCUUCCGCCCCUGCUGAUCCCACUACUGUCCUUAGCCCUGGGAUCUGCUGCACUGGAAGACCCGGAUGAGGCCGUGAGGAUUAUUGAUGGAACCCGGUGUCCAAGAGGCGCCCAGCCCUGGCAGGUGGCCCUGCUCAACGGCAAUCAGCUCCACUGCGGAGGCGUGCUGGUCAACGAGUGGUGGGUGCUCUCUGCUGCCCACUGCAUGUUGAGUGAGUACAACGUGCAUAUGGGCAGUGAAUGCCUGAGAAGAGGCCAGAAGAUCAGGGCCACAAUGUCAUUCCGCCACCCCGGCUACUCCACGCAGAGCCAGGUUAAUGACCUCAUGCUGGUGAAGCUAAGGACGCGGGCCAGGCUGUCAUCCAGCGUGAAGAAAGUCAACCUGCCUUCCCGCUGUGAACCCCCUGGGACCACAUGUACCGUCUCUGGCUGGGGCGCCACCAGCAGCCCUAUUGCGACCUUUCCAGAGAAACUCAUGUGCACAAAGGUCGACAUCAUCUCCUCUGGAGACUGCAGGAAGGUUUACAUGAACUUGCUGGGAGAUUCCAUGCUGUGUGCUGGCAUCCCCAACUCCGGCACCAAUGCCUGCAACGGUGACUCAGGGGGACCACUGAUGUGCAAAGGUACUUUGCAAGGCCUGGUGUCCUGGGGAGUUUUCCCUUGCGGCCAACCCAACAACCCAGGUGUCUAUACCCAAGUCUGCAAGUACGUCGAUUGGAUAAACACCAUCAUGAGCACAUAUUGA